AUGCUCAGAGUAUAUCAAUCGCAAAGAUUCGCGAAGAUAUCAGGAAUCAGAAGACUAUCAACUGGCUAUAAAUUGGAAGAUCCUUCUUUGAAGUUGGCAGAUCCAGAGAUCUCUUCUCUCUUAAUUGCAGAGAAGAGUAGACAAGAAAGAACUAUCUCUCUGAUUGCAUCAGAGAAUUGUACUUCCUCAGCUGUGAACAAAGCAGUUGGGAGUUGUCUGACUAAUAAAUAUGCCGAGGGAUAUCCUGGAAAUAGAUUAUAUCCUGGAUGAGUUAAUGUCGAUAAAGUUGAAAACAUCUGUAAAGCAAGAGCCUUGAAAUUGUUCGACCUUGAUCCUAAUGAAUGGCAUGCUAAUGUACAAGCUAUUUCAGGUUCAGUGGCGAAUCUUUCUGCCUAUAAUGCUGUUCUAGAUCGUGGAGAUAAACUACUUGCUUUGUCAGGCAAAUUUGGAGGGCAUUUCUCACAUGGUUUUCAAACUCCAGAUGGCCAAAAAGCUAUUUCUCGUAAGAUAUAUGAUACGGAUCAUUAUUCUGUAAAUGAAGAUGGUGAGAUUAAUUAUGAUGAACUUUCUAUGAAAGCCAAAGAGCUGAAACCAAAAUUAAUCAUCUGUGGAUACUCAGUCAAUUCUCGUGACAUUGAUUAUAAGUAUAUUAGAAAAGUAGCAGAUGGUGUUGGUGCGCAUAUUCAUUUAGAUAUGGCUCAUAUCUCUGGUCUUAUUGCAGCAGGACUUAUGGAGAGGCCUUUUGAAUUUGUCGAUAUAGCAACUACAACAACUCAUAAGACUUUAAGAGGGCCAAGGGGAGGCCUUAUUUUCUGCAAGAAACACCUCGCCUCCCAAAUCGAUAGCUCAGUUUUCCCAGGUAUCAUCGGUGGUCCCAUGAACCACACUAUUGCCGGCCUCGCUAUCGCUCUGAAUGAAGCCAGCACCCCCAACUUCAAAAGAUACCAGCAGCAAGUCCUCAAGAACUCGCAGGCGCUGGCCAAGGCGCUUCAAGGCUUCAAGUACGAUGUGUGGGGCGGCAGCACAAAGAACCACAUGGUGCUUUGGGACACCACUCGCCUCGGAAUCGAAGCCGUCUUCAUCAACAAGGCGCUGGAACUGGCCUCGAUCAAUGCGAACGCAGUCAGGAUUCUGAGUUCAUCGGAGCCGAAUGCAAUUAGGGUGGGGUCUCUGGCGUGAACAACUAGAGGAUACAAGGAGAGCAACAUGAGCGAUGUGGCAGUUUAUCUUCACCAAGUUACUCAGAGAGCAAUCGAACUUAAAAAUCAAACUCAUGGACAAAUCGGCGAUUUCCUUCUCGCUGCUCAAAAUGACGAGGAGCUCCUUAAGCUCAAACAUGAUAUUGAGAAUUAUGCAAUGGAUUUUCCAAUGCCAGGAGUUUAAAAAGAUAUUUCAAUC